AUGCGCUACGUACCUUCUUCUGAUGUGCAACUUGUUGGCGGGCCGAAUUCUAAUAAAGGAACAAUUGAGAUCAAGAUAGACAACGGGACAUGGGAGACAGUAUGUGGGACUAAUAUCGAUACCACUGAUGUCAUCCUAAUCUGUAAACAUUUAGGAUUCCAGGGAGCAAACAGAGCAAUAAAGCAGACGUCUUAUGGACAGAAUUCAACUCCCAACCAUGGGUUAUUGUGUGCUGAAGAUGAUACUAACCUGUCGGAGUGUUCAUUGGUAAUGGGAUGUUCUGUAGCAGGAGCAGCUUCUUGCCAUGGUGAGGGAUAUCUUGGAUGUUUUGUGGACAUGAGGAGUGAGAGGGUGUUGUCAGGCGAAAGUCUGGUAAAUAUUUCAAUGAUGACCAUUCCUUAUUGCAUCCAGUUCUGUCAAGGGUCUACCGCAGCUAACUAUACAUUCGCCGGUGUUACAAAUGAAAAUGAAUGUUACUGUGGUGAAGCAAGUGAUAACUAUACUAAACAUGAAAAGCAUUCGGACGAUCAAUGCCAUGUUGCAUGUUCAGGAUAUCCCACGGACAGCUGUGGUGGGGCAGGAAACAUAGCUGUAUUCAACAGUGAGUAUCAUUCUUGA